UCCAACUUCCAGCCGCCCUUCCUCCGCCACGUGGCUGUUUAUUGGCUCUCCGUUUUCUUUAAUAUAACCCAACUUGACAUUAACAAACAUUUUUUCCCCCAAAAUUCAAAGCGACAAAUUCUUCUUCUGUUCAAAAAGCCUCUUUUGCUCUCUCUCUAGAACUUCCUCGAUUAAGAAUCAGAGUUAGGGUUGCUGGACUGAUUUUGUGGAGCCGAGAUUUCUUCAGCGGUGGAUUUUUCUACUCGAUUUUGCGGUGAGUUUUCUAGCGCGGUUGGCUGAGUAUUAGUUAGUUACAGAGCAUGCUUUAAUUUGUUUUUUUGCUGUUGUUGGUUUGGAAUUUGGAUUGGUGGAUCCACUCUGUAAAAUAGAGCUGCUUAGAUAUUUAUAUCGGUAAAGAGGAGAUCGAAACUUGUUGAUGAGUUUUUGUUGGUUAUGUGCCUUAGCUUUGAGAUUUUAGAGGAUUGGGGGUUUUGGUGUGAUUCAGUUGAUUAGUUAUUUUAGAUUUACCUAUGUUGAAAAUUUUCACUUGUAGUGACUUCGUAUUCGGCUGAAAAUCACCGUUUCAUUUUGGCGUGUGCUAGAUUCUGUUCUCGCAGAGCUGCUGUUUUUCGCUUUCUAUUAUGUAAUUCCCGAUGCUAUGAAAUUGAGGAACUUGAUUUUGUUGGAAUUCUUUUUCCUAAUUUACCUUGUUGAUAUUCGUUCUUUUCUUGUUAUGUUGUUUCCUUCUCUCUGUUUCGGGAAAUAGGCAGGUAAUUUCAUGUACCAGGGAAGAUUAUUUAAGUUUCAAUAAGUGAAUUCUAAUAUUUUUUAUUUCAUUGGUUGUUUUGCGGGUUUUUUGAUGGACGGAAAGGGAAGAUUCGGAACUAAAUAUGAAGAAAACGACAUACGGUCUGACUGCAGGCUGAGGAUUCAAGGAAUGUCGGACUUGUUCGCUCAUGAGUGUGUAGACAUUGCUUGGGAUGAUUUCUUCCUGGAUGAUGAUCGUACAGUGCCCCAUCAUGGUUCCAAGAGGCCCGCUGAUCAUUCCACUCUGGGAGAAAACAACAAGAGAUGCCGCCGUGAAUUAUCUAGUAUUUCGAAUAAUACUGGAGAAUCUGCCACUAAAUAUGUUGAUCACAGAAAGGAGAAAAGUGAAAUUUCACCUCUGAGUAAUACAAGGGAUACUAUGUUGGAGAAAGAUUCAUGGUCCAGCAAACCGAGUGGUCCAUUUACUUCUGGAUCUGACAACGAACUAAACAAAGAAGCAUCAAGUUUGGCUUGUGAUAGUGCCAUACCAUUGCCUCAUGGCUUGAAGAGUAAAAAUAGAGACUUAAAUAUUAGUGAACUCCGUAAGCAUGACGCCAUUCUCAAUAACAAUACCAGUCUAGUUGAUGACAGCCCGUUCAGUUUCCCGAUUGGUGAUGUAAAUCAUACUGGCAAUGAUAAUAGUUUCUUUGAACAUGCUCAGAACAAAGAUUCUAGUGAUCUCCUGUAUUGUGGUUGGUCUGAAAUAGAGAACUUUGAUGAUAUCGACAGGAUAUUUAGAAGUGAUUCAACGUUGGGCCUUGGGGUGUGUAAAGAAGAUGAGUUGAGUUGGUUAUCAUCAUCACUCUAUAUAGGCGGGCCUGGGGAUGAUCUAAAGUCAGAUGCUAAGUUUCCAUUACCUGAUCCAUGCGAGGUGAAAACUAUUUCAGGGAAACAUGACUUCUCAAAUGGAAACUCCCCAAAUAAUUUUGCCAUGACCAAUGCGCCCAUUACAUACAAGGAUUGUUCUUGGACCUCAGAAAAGUCUGAUUCUUAUACGUCUUUUUUGAUUGGACCUGAUAUUGAGGAUAGCAAAGAUGGAUUCGCCCCUCCGGAGCAGGGAAUAGGAUCCAAUGCUAAUAAACAGCCGAGAAUUUCAACUAGCAACCAUUUCAGAGCAGGCGAUCCUGCAGUGACCAGUAAGCACAAAAAACAGAUCAAGCUCCAGAGUCAACCUGAGAGUAAAAGCAACGUACAUCGUCUUGAAAAUGGUGGUCUCGCUCAGAUCAGUGAUCUUCAAAAUGAAAUCAUGAAACCUCGUUCUGGCUUGACUUCUGACGAGGCUUUGGCAUCACUUCAUGUGCAACAACAGCCACUUACUCCGGCUUCCGAUUCAAAUAGCUGUUUAGAGAAUCCAAUCUCUAACAUGCACAUAAAGGACAAUCAUCCGUCUAAUCCAUCUUCUGUAAAUCUGGAACAACCAAUUGUCAAAUCUGAGACCAAUGACUUGGCAUCCAUUUCUUCAAGGGACUCUCACCAUGCAUCAGGCCAAUUGCAAUAUAUGGACGGUUUUCCUGGCCCUCCUUCUAAGGAAACUGCUCUUGUAGCAUGUGGACAAAGAGAAAAGCUAGAAAGUUGUCAAGGUAAUAUAACCUCUGAACUUGACAGCUUGAGAACUGGAAGUGUGACCAUCCAGGCCUCGAUGUCUGAUCCUGGCUUAGUAGGGAAAUAUGAGAAUCACUGUGAUCUCCAAGGAGUUAGCUCUGUUACUGCAACUGAAAUGGGUUCCUCAAAUAUGCAAGAAAGCUCAACAAUGGUUCCUGAUUUGGAUGAUAUUUCACUGGAAGCAGCUAGUUUUCAUCAGCUACAACUUGUUACAAAACAGUUGGAUAUAAGGACAAAGUUAUGCAUUAGGGACAGUUUGUACCGUUUGGCUCAGAGUGCUGAACAAAGACGCAGGAAUCCAGACCUGAACGAUAGCUUUGGAGAUGAAAGCGAUGUUGCUGGUGGAGCAUCCGAGGCCGAAGGAACAAAUAGGUGCACCGGUUUCAUGGAUAUUGAAACAGAUACGAACCCCAUUGAUCGCUCAGUAGCGCAUUUAUUGUUUCACAGGCCUACAGAUUCAUCUACCACUCCCGCCCGUGACUCAUUUAAUUUCAAGUCGCCUAGUGCAGUAAGCCUCUUUUGCAGUGUGCCAUGAGCAGGUUCAUGGGUCUGCUGCAAGGCCGACCAUGUUGUCCGACAGUUUGGUGAGUGAAGGAAAGGUGUCCGAGGUAUAGAAGGUGUGUAUGACUGCUGAGAAGGAAAUGCUCGAGCGAAUAUGGUUAAACGGCUGUAAAUUAUCAUGUUUGAAUAUUGUUCAGGCUUAGUUAACUUAGCACACACCAUGUAUAGAAAGUGCCUUAGAUCAUAUAGCAAAUUCCCUCAUAUUUUUGUUGUAAUGUUUUUCUUUCCUUGCUUCUAGUCUGCUAUGGUGACAGCCCCAUGAUUGUCUCUUUUAUUUUGUUUUUGUUCUUUUUCGAUCGUUGUAUUAAGCGUUACUAGAGAGACUUCAUCACGGUUCUUGUUUACCUUUUUGUGUGCGUAUUAUGUCGUCGAGAUGAAUCCAGAGCUGUUCGAUUUCAAUAAUACUUGGAUUUGGAUU